UAACACUUCACAAGACAGAUUGUUGGCCCCCGAGUCCGGAGUGAAUCUAUCGAAAAAUUUUAAACAAAAGAUCGAACGUGAGACAGUGUUGUGUGUAUCAUUGUAAGUUUUUUUGCGAAGAAAAGAGUGAUAAAGGUAUUAUUUCAAGAACAGGGCGCCUAAAAGUCAGGAUACGAACCUGAUCCAUCUCAAGCGCGGUGAGCCGCCGCGCUGGUGGGCCUAGCAGACGACAUGUUGGCUGCAGGGAGUACUUCGUCUCGGAUGUUUUGGUCGCGAAUUUCCUCGGGGAUUCUUGAGUGAGGAGAGUGAGCGAACGCGGUGAAAGUAAGGUGGAAAGAAAAUAAGACCACUCGAGGGUGUGUGCGAGAGAGGGCACACGGUUGGGUUCCCCGAGUGGUGGUUGUGCCGCGGUCGUCGACAAGAAGCUCGUGGAGAGGGGUAGAGACUAACGAGCGGCGGGGAGGGGGAACCCGGACGAGCCCUCGAAAAAUUGAGGAGUCAACGAAACGAAAAUUAGAAAAAGAAGAAAAAUUUCAAAAAUCUUUGGUGCGUAAAGAUUUUUUUGUGAAUCUUAGAAAGAACUUAGAAAGAUUGCCGGGAUCGGAGUACGAAAAAGUUCACUUAAAGAAAAUCAGUCUACUCAAUCGCAUAAAUCAUCUUUCUUAUUUAUGGGAGUUGUCGAUUCCACGACUUUCUUCAAUUUGCUUGAAUAAAGAGGUAGUAGCGCACCGGAGCCGAUCUAUUUUAACUUCUCGUUGUUCUGUCCGAAGGGUAGGGGCUGUGUGGUGAAGCGAGGCGAGGUCGAGCUGUCGUAUACACGCGUACGAGUCCCUUCCUUCUGAAACGAUUUCGCGUGUGCCUCGUGUUCGCGGGCCACAGGAGGCGCAUCAGACAGUGCACGUCAACCUAUUAUCCCAGUCCCGGUCUUGCUCCCACUCUCGAGUAUUCAUCGUGCCUCGUGUGUACUCCCUCUAUCACAACCUGCAGCGAGUAUUUCGCGGCCGGUUUUUCGUCAGUGUCAAAUCGAAAAUUCGGAAGUGAUUCGAUUUUUUCUAUAUUAUCAUUAUUUUCUCAUCGUAUCAACAAGCAUUUAAUCGUGUUCAGUGUCAUCGCACGAUUCGCUUAUUUUCGUUUGAGUGGAUCAAUUUAUUAUCGAGCCAGGUGUUACGACCCGUAAACGUCGCUUCCCCACGACAGAUUGCCCUCCUAGAAACUCCAGUAUUUAGCGCCCAUACUCAACAAAUCAUUGUGAUCCUAUCUUUUCUGUAUAUUCAUAUUCGGCACGCACAAGAUAUCGAAGUUAGUGUGUUGGAUCAGCAGCACUGUCGUCGAUCGUGUAUAGCUAUGGUUUCGCGGGUAGUGCGAAAUAGUGAAAGAAAAGCUGAAGUGAAGUGAAUCGAGUGUAGUGCAAUUGAGAAGACAUCAAGACGUACAGAUGCGUAGUUGUUAUUAGUGUAAAAAAAACGGAGAUAGUAAAGGGGCGACAAUCAGAAAAGGAGAAAGAUUAGCACAUAAGAGAAGGAGAGCAAAAGAGAGAAGCAUUAUUAAGGAAGAGGGAAAGAAAGAGAGUGAUUAAAGAAGAGAAAAAGAGAGAGUUUGAUAGAAGGACAAAACUCGAGUGUGGAGAAGUACGACACGGUGAUAGAUAAGUAUCGAGUGACAGACACGGCCGGAACGAAGAAACGAACUUAUAGUAGGUAUACGUCGAAAGGAAGUGAAUCUCUACGAAUUGCGGUGACAGAGAAUAUAUUUAUUGAACAUCACAUUCACACGAGAUAAACAACACGCGUUGACGAUAGACUCGUUGCGCGAGUCUAUUCUCUCUUAUUCGGGGAGUAAUAUAGUGGUGAGAUUAUCUUUCUCCGAACUGAAACAACAGAGAACAACAGAAGUGGAAGGGAAGAGCGAAGAGGGUGAGCCGCGCGUGUCUCUCUCGUGGUGUGUCAUGGGGUGUUUCGGCAGCCAGAGCAGUAAGGCCAGCCAGGAUGACAGCAAGAACCAGAAGAGGCGCUCGGAUGCCAUUACCAGGCAAUUGCAAAAGGAUAAGCAACUUUACCGAGCUACUCACAGACUUCUUUUGCUCGGAGCGGGAGAGUCUGGGAAGAGUACCAUCGUCAAACAGAUGAGGAUAUUGCACGUGGAUGGUUUCAGCGAAGCGGAAAAGCGGCAAAAAAUCGAGGACAUCAAAAAGAACAUCAGAGACGCGAUACUGACGAUAACCGGCGCGAUGAGCACGUUAACGCCACCCGUUGCUUUGGAGGAUCCGGCGAAUCAGAGCAAAGUCGACUAUAUCCAGGAAGUCUCAAACUCUCCGGACUUCGAUUAUCCCCCGGAGUUCUACGAUAUCGUGGAGGCCCUUUGGAAGGACCGAGGUGUUCAACAGAGUUUCGAAAGGAGUAACGAGUACCAACUAAUUGACUGCGCUAAAUAUUUUCUAGAUAAGGUAGCCAUUGUUAAACAACCGGAUUACACCCCCACAGAACAGGACAUCCUCAGGUGUCGAGUCCUCACGUCCGGUAUCUUCGAAACACGGUUUCAAGUCGACAAAGUAAACUUUCAUAUGUUCGACGUUGGUGGUCAACGUGAUGAGAGGAGAAAGUGGAUACAGUGUUUUAACGAUGUAACGGCAAUCAUAUUUGUAACAGCAUGUAGUAGUUAUAACAUGGUACUCAGGGAGGAUCCGACAAAAUUGAGACUCAGAGAAAGUUUGGAUCUCUUCAAAAGCAUUUGGAACAAUCGGUGGCUUCGCACAAUUUCCGUAAUUUUAUUCUUAAACAAACAAGAUCUAUUAGCGGAAAAGAUAAAAGCAGGAAAGCACAAAUUAGAAGAUUAUUUUCCAGAUUUUGCGAGAUAUCAGACACCGGUCGAUGCUGGGGUGGUGGUGGAUCCUUCGGAACCUCCUGACGUCAUGAGGGCCAAGUACUUCAUUAGAGACGAAUUUCUUCGUAUAAGCACAGCGAGCGGCGACGGCAAGCACUAUUGUUAUCCGCACUUUACAUGUGCCGUCGAUACGGAGAACAUCAAGAGAGUGUUUAACGAUUGUCGGGACAUCAUUCAACGGAUGCACUUGCGCCAGUACGAGCUCUUGUGACUUCGUUCCUGCCAACGUGUCCUGUCAUCUAUUCGUAUAAAAAUUACGGUAGUGAUCCAUCUUGAGCUAACGCGAGUCAAAUGAAUCGUACCGUGGGCGAAUAUCUGAAUAAUAUCGCGCUAUUCACGACGAUAUACAUAACAUUUGGUGCGUGGAACUCUUCUUCGCUUAUCUGAACCCGUUUAAUUAUUCAGAAAAGUAAUGCGUCGAAGGCUCCGCGUCUAUGCAUACAUGAUUGAUGGCUGCGAGUCGAUCAUUCUUCUUCGGAUGGAGAGUUCAAGGAGAAAAGUUGAUACGCAGUGAGUGGUUGGGGAUUACCUAAAGAAAAAUCUGUCUCGCAAAUGGAGAGAAUAGUUUCUCUUUUUUUUGCACAGAAUCGCUUACUAUGUCAUUGGUGUACAAGCAAAUUAUGCCCUUGCGCAUUCUACUCUAACGAUCGUUUUGACAGAAAAAAGAAAAAAAAAAAGGAAAAAAAAAAAAAAAGAAAGAAAAGAAAAAAAAGGAAGAAAAAAUAUCUUGGGCAUUUCGAUUACUCGACUACUCCUUUUUUAGGUUCCGUCGAGAGUGUGCUGAACGUCCUGAAUGGGGGGAGGGGGGGAAAAUAAUAUUCUUCGCUAGAAAGAAAAAAAAAAGAAAGAAAAACACGUGCAAUUUUAACUAUUACCUCGUUAAUUUUAUUCUUAUUACGCAUCAAUUUGUUGAUAAGAGUGUGAGAAAAAGAGAGAGAGAGAGAGAGAGAGAGUCUGGAAGAGAGCGAGAAUGUAAUGAAUGUUUCAACGUGGGCCAUUGUUACAAAACUAACACUGACGGCGAUCGCCUGGCUCCUUCGUCCGGCACACUCGUCGCGUUUAUUAAUCUCGUUCGGAUUUAGUAUUUAAGAAUAAUGUUUCCUUAAGAUUUAGGUGAUUUCUCCGAUAAAAAAAAA